UGCAGCGCAGUUGAGAAACUCCCAUCUCUGGUUUGACGUCCAGGCGUCUUACACGGCGGCAGACUGGAGCGGUGCCGGUCGCAUCCGGUCACCGGGCCGGUGCCGCAGCCCCACUAAACUCGAUGAUCCAAUCGGGCCGGACUGCGAUCCGGACGGAUCGGGGGACCGUGUCUAUGCCUUCUAGGUUCCCAUUGACAUGAUGACAUCGCGCGCCCUUAGGAGGUGGAGGCUACUUGCGUAUCACAAGCUUCAUUAUCAUCGAGGAAGACGAAUGGGUAAAAGUUCCUGUAGCACAUCGAAAACAUAGACGACCUACAAUAUUCAUUAAAUAGAGGACAAAAACCGUAUAUUUCAGGUCCAACAGUUUAUCGAUUAAAGACCGCCGAUCGGAUCUGACCCCGCACAAUUACAUCAAGACAGAAUAGAUUCCUCGACGAACUCUCAUCAUCUGCCAUAUUAAAUUCAAACAAGAUGGCCAACCUCAAAGACUUCCGCGUCCUAGCCUUCGACGUCUACGGCACCCUAAUCGACUGGGAAACAGGCGCCCUAACAGCCCUCCAACCCCUCCUAGAAGCCAACAACCGCACCGACUUCACCCGCAAGCACCUCCUAGACAUCUACCACGAGUGCGAAGCCGCGCAACAGGCCCAAACCCCAGACCUCCCCUACGCCCAGCUCCUCACCACCAUCCACCCCCAAAUCGCCGCCAAGCUCGGCCUGUCAUCCCUGCCGUCCGCCGAAGCCUCAAAGGCCUUUGGCGACUCCGUCGGCUCCUGGCCCGCCUUCCCGGACACGGUCGACGCCCUCCGCCGGCUGGGCAAGUACUACAAGCUCGUCGUCCUUUCCAACGUCGACCGCGGCUCGUUUGCGCUGAGUAACGCGGGACCAAUGGCGGGCGUGCCGUUUGAUCUUGUUGUCACGGCGCAGGAUGUGGGCUCGUAUAAGCCUGACCAGCGCAACUUUACGUACAUGCUCCGCGAGGUGAAGGACAAGUUUGGGGUUGAGAAGGAGCAGGUGCUGCAGACGGCGCAGAGUCAGUUCCAUGACCACCAUCCGGCCAAGGAGGCUGGUAUGAAAUCGUCUUGGAUUGUGAGGCCUGGUGCGGUGAUGGGAAAUAGGGACCGUGAGGUGUUUGAUUGGAAGUUUGAUACGUUGGGGGAGAUGGCUGAUGCGCUUGAGAAGGAGCUGGCUUAAGGCGCGAUAAUUCAUAUGUGCGUAGAUAUUCAAUGACAGGAUUUUCUGUCCAGAUGCUGGGAUUAAGGGCUGAUCUAAAUGAAGUGCAGUGUCUUGGAUGCUUGGAUGCUUGGAUGCUUGCGAUUUAACAUCUUGAGGUUUUGUUCCGCUGAAGCUGCAACAAUGCGCUCACGAAAACGUGCUCACCUUCAUAUUCUUAUCCCUCAAGAAUCUCCUCUCUGGCCCUAAUUCAUUGCCUUUGUCAUUUAAGUCGUCAGGUUUUGUUGUGAAAUAAAUGACAAGCAUCUCAACUAUUGCAAGCAACAUUUUCACUCUUCUGCGGCAAUAACAGGGCGAGGAACUUGCACGCCAAACAGCAAAUUGACAACUAGAAGAUAAAUCGAGAAGCAGUCCCCAUAACACAACUGCUAUUCCACGAUUGACUCGGAAAUUAGAACCACAUGUAUAGUCAUGUCUGUGUUCUGGGCUCACCCCGUUCUAG